AAACACAUUCUCUGCAUGGCAAAAGACUGGAUUUACUGGGAAGGAAUGAUAAGUAUGUGUCUCUGAUCAACUACAGCAUCCCUCAGCUAUGUCAGUUCACGGUGUGCAUUGAUCUAAACCGGACUGCCAAUGUCAGCUCUUGGGCAGCAUUUUCCUAUGACACUGACACCACCUCCACUGACAUCAAUGACAUAGAGCUUGGACUCUCUGGAGAAAACAAGCAGUUGAGACUGUAUCUUUUUGGCACAAGACGAGACAUUGAGAUCGAUCUGGCCCUUUUUGUGUGGUAUAGCGUGUGCUUCUCAUGGGACACCAGGAAACAACUGCUGAACAUCUACUGCAAUGGUAAUCUCGUACAUACCGAAACCAUUGGCGGUGCUGAGUGCCUGAAACCCAAUGGUAGCUUGGUGCUGGGCCAUCUGCACAAAAGAAAAGAUGGUUUUAUUGUGCGGGUAAGCAACAGCUUCAUUGGCAGCUUGUACUACUUCCAAAUGUGGGACCGUGUGAUGGGUCAGGAAGAGCUGCUGGACUGCUCCAUGGGCAAUGUUGUCAGCUGGAAGGAGGAGUACUGGAACUUCAGCAGCAUCCUUCCCAUUGCAGAUCGUCACCUGCGCUGUGGUUCAAGCGAAUCAUCAUCAACAAGGGCUCCUACACUGUCCCCGUUACCUCCAACCGGUAGUACCAAUGGUACCAUUCCACUCAGCUUCUUUAAUGUUGAUAUGAACUUUUCUCUUUUCUACAAAACUGAGAGAGCUCCUGAUUACUAUGAUGCAAGGAACCUUCUUGAACACUGGUUUAGUAUCAUCUUUACUGGAGAAGAAUUUAUUGUGACAAACUUUAAAGUCAGCUAUGUCUGUAAGGCCAUUAUAAAGGCCACAUCACUUGAAAUACAGGAAGUGCUGAGUCUGAAGAUCAAACAGUUGUUGUUGAAUGACACUUAUGAAGAGGGACCAUUAUCCUUAUAUGUGAAACCUGAAGAUGUGGCUGUCAAGCCAAUAGUACUGAUGGAUUGUCCAGAAAGCUUUUCACACACAACCUACAAGGGGAAUUAUUCCUGGCCACUAACAAGUCCAGCUACCAAAGCAGAGGUCAGCUGCAGGAAAAACCCUCUGCAGUUUGCUCAAAGGAGCUGUGCAAUUAAUAUUGAACUUGAACAAGCUUUCUGGAAGAAACCAAAUAUGACUGAAUGUAAAUUACUGGAAGAACUUCCAAAUAAUAUUGUAGACCUCCAUGAUAUCAUGAUAACAGAUGAGAAUGCACAAGAUGUUGUACAGCAUAUUUUAUACCUCUUGCCAGAUGCAAAACUGCAUAUGGAAGAAUUAGAAAUCAUAGCAACUAAAAUUUCUGAUAUCGUAAGGCUUGCAGAUGUGAGCAUGACACUUGCAGAGACUAUACUGUCUAUACUAAACUAUAUUUUGCUGCAAGAAAUAGAAGAUCAGAACAUAAGAAAAAUGACCAAUAGUAUCCUGAAGACAACUGAGGAGAUCGGCUAUAAGAUGACUUACACAGAAAGAAAUAUGUCGGUGAUAACCGCUUCCUUGGCUUUGUUGGUGAUGCGUCCAGAUCCCAACAUAUUUGGAGGACUGGCCUUUGGUGUUACCUCCUAUGACAGAGGUGUGGAUCUCAAGAUCAAUGUUCAAGAAAAGCCUUUCAAAAAGGCCUUGGCCUCUGUGUUUUUGCCAAAAUCACUGAAGAAAUUCCUAGGGAUCGAGCACUCUGACCCAGACAAGCAUUCAAAGAUCCAGUUUAAUUUUUUUGGCACUACUUCACUCUUUGAGGAUGACAGUUUAAAGAAGGAGAGAUUGAAUACCUAUGUUGUGAGUGCCAGCAUUGAAAACGCAUCAAUUCAGAACCUUAAUGAGCCUGUGACUAUUAUUCUUCAGCACAUAGAGCAAAAUACGGGUAAUGCAGCAGUGCACUGCGUCUUUUGGGACUUUCAGAAGAACAAUGGACUGGGUGGUUGGAAUACAUCGGGGUGUGAAAUAGAAUAUACAGAUAUGAAUUACACAAUCUGUUUUUGUAACCAUCUUACCCAUUUUGGAGUCCUACUGGACUUAUCCCGGACAGAGAUAGAUGUCACACAUGAUCGUAUAUUAACUCUGAUAAGCUAUGCAGGAUGUGGUGCUUCUUCCCUUUUUUUGGGUAUAACACUGGUGACAUAUCUAGCCCUUGAAAAGCUGCGGAGAGACAACCCUUCAAAAAUCCUGCUCAACCUUUGUGCCGCACUGCUGAUGCUGAACUUGGUCUUCCUCACCAAUUCCUGGCUGUCCUCAUUCAACCAGCCAGGUCUCUGUAUCACCGUGGCUGUGCUCCUUCACUAUUUCCUUCUUGCAGCUUUCACAUGGAUGUGCCUGGAAUCUGUUCAGUUUUACCUGUCUCUUGUCAAAGUUUUCAAUGUUUAUGUCCCCAAGUACAUCCUAAAAUGCUGUAUCGCUGGCUGGGGAAUGCCAGCUAUUGUAAUUACUAUUGUGCUUAUUAUAAAUAAAGACUUCUAUGGCAGUGGAUCACAUUCUGAGAGCAAUCCAUUCAGCAAUUUUUGCUGGAUUCAGGAGAAUGUAGUGUUUUACAUCUCCGUUGUGGCCUAUGUCUUCUUGAUAUUUUUGACGAAUACAGCCAUGUUCAUCACUGUUCUUCUUCAAAUCCACUCCAUGAAAUCAAGGACGCAAAAGAGAUCCAGAUUCUGGAAACGAGGUUUUCUCCAAGACCUCAAAAGUGCUUUCAGCUUGAUGUUCCUUUUGGGCUUAACUUGGGGCUUUGUCUUUUUUGCCUGGGGAGCAGUGAGGAUAUUCUUCUUGUAUCUCUUCAGCAUUUUUAACACCUUACAAGGGUUCUUCAUCUUUGUGUUUCAUUGCCUAAUGAAGGAAGAAGUAGUGAAACAGUGCCGAGUACACUUCUGCUGGGGAAGAUUUCGUCUGAGUAAUUAUUCUGGUAAGCAUUGA